GUGCAAGUCAGUUGAGACGAUUGGCAUAUGCAAGGUCCGUAAGGGGCCAUGGGUAAUUCCAGCAGGCGAGAAUCAAUGGACUGUUCUACACUGGGCGAGCUUGCUUGAAGGUGCCAAGAUGGCGAUGGAGAAAGAUCCCCACAAGAAAAACAGGACGGUUUGGAUCGCUCUCGAGGCUGGUUGUGACUCUGCUGUGGAGUUCGACCCGAACUUACCAGACGAUGUGAAAGACUACGUCAUCGAGCUAGGCAACGCCACCAACGCCAGCACUUUGGUGGUUACGGUGCUCCAGGUGUUCAUGUCUACCGAGGCGAUUCUUUCUGGAUGGGCAAUCCAGAAGGAAAAGGUAACUGCUACUGGUGACGGUUGUGGCGGGGCGCUUACGCUCUACGCUCGCAGGCAUGCCUAUGCCAACGCUGUAUUCUCUGGCCGCUGGCGCUCACAGAACGCGCUCGACGUGACGAUCAACACCUACAACCUUUUGCAGACAACGAUGACAUCAGCAGGCAUUUCAGUUUGGGAUCAGAUGGUAUCUUAUUUCAAGACAAAGGCUGACUACAUGCAUGAGUACAUGAAGGACACGAACGCGGUCAUCCAGAACAUCAGUUGCAUUUGCAAGGUGCUGUGCUCUACUUAUCCCGACUUCGUCGUUCCUGUCAUUGCCCUCGUGAUCCCGCACCUCGAGUCUGAACCCCUCGGGGCGUGCCCAGCGCUGCCAGAUGGCAUUCCGCAGGGCAAGUUGCGAAAGCUGUCAGAGGCCAUGGUGAGGAACUUACUGGCGAGCAUGGCCGACAGCGCGACUAUGAAGGCGAAGGUCUCUGCGGGGUGCGCGUGCGCAUCGGAUGGGGGCAACGACGUGUCUUUCCUGAGUGACGUGAUCCAGUUCACCGCGAUGCUCAAGCACAAGCUGAACGUCCCCCAGGACAACCUGAACGCAUACUCGUCGAUCCUGUGCUUCUGCCAGCUGCAGGGAGAGGUACAAGUUCCAGGGAAUGGCAACACCCCAGCGAGGACGAUCAGCAGAUACACCGCGAUGAAGCGCCACAUCAUCAACGCUGCAUUCAAAGCAUCUGGCAUGGCAAAGAAGCCCAGCGACCUUGAGAUCUACUACGCCGACGCAGGGGACGACAGCCAGCUUGCAGAGUCGCCCAGCAAGGCGCCUCUGGAGGAGAAGACUGACGAGACGCUCUUGGACACCUUCAAGACCUUGCAGGACAACGGUUCGGCGGCCCGCAUGAAGUCCCACCUGAUGGUGAACCCGAUCGACAAGCCGAUCCAGUUGCACAUGGCAGUCUGCGGGAUUACGAGCAAGGUCCACACGUCUAUGAUUGGAGCAUGCGGUGGUGCAGAGGGCAAGUCUGGAACUCCAGAUAGCCAACGUGAGCUGAUCGAAGAGGCCACGAAGCGCGUGGUCACUGCCGUCAUGGAUGAGAUGCCGUUGGCGUUCGACGAGAUAGUGAUAAACUUUGGACAAUUGUCGGAAUUCAAAUUUGCUUUGACAGCUGUUUCAACCAGGAGCGACUAUGCCGACACGGAGCUUCUGAGGAAGACGUGCGAAGAGAUGGGCGUGAUCGGGGCCACCGGCCGCAAGAAGCUGAACAUGGUCAGGCUGAACACGUUCUUCGCAGUGUGCAGCACGUUAUCUACGAUGCAGGUCCCCCUCAACGGCACUCCGAAAUACAUGUUUGGCUUGCUGUCUGCGCAGGACGUCUUCAAGAAGAUCGCGGAGUCCAUCGAGAGCCAGCGGCGCGGAGCGCAGGAGCCCAUCGAUAUCAAGAUCAUCACCAAGGCCAUCGACGGCGACGUGUCCAUGGCUGUCUUCGGCGACUGUUUCAGCAAGGCGAAGGCGCAUCACACGCUCGUCGCGGGCCUGAGGGGGAAGCUGCAGGGCUUCACUCAUACGCAGAUGAAGGAGUUCGUCGUGUCGCAGGGCUUGCAGAAUAUCGAGGUGCCGCCAUCCAUGGGAAUCUUCUCGUCUGUGAAAGCUGCGCUGGUAGAGGAUAUCAUGACUGCGGUUCAAAAGAAGUGCACCGACACGACCUUGGCAGCCACGAUCCUCGUCGGCAACGUUGGCGACAAGGUGGCGAUCCUGCGCGACCAGCUGGCCAAGGCAAGCGCCACCGCUACAACUGCGGCGGCAACAGCGGCGGUCGUGGCACCGACUGCGGGGCAGACGACUACUCCAACCAAGACUGCCAAGGAACCAGUCCCCAUCGCCGUCGACGACGGCAAGGGCAUUCCCCAGGGCGACUUCAACCUGACCAGCCUGGGGGUCACGCAGUGGAUCAGCAUGCUCACCGAUGAGGAGCUGAAAUCCAACGGGCCCGACCACCUUGCCAUGACCAGCGCGACGAAGGCGCGGGUGAUCGCCUCUGUGCGGGGCCAUUUCAUGCCACCCGCUGGCGGACUGCAAGGCCGCUUUCUCCGCGACGUGCUGAUUGACUUUUCCAGGAAGAAGAGCGCGGGGACCUUGACAGCUCGUCUGGCGGCAGACGCAACGACCACGGAGGCUCCCGAGUUCGUUUGUUGGGGCAGGGUGGUAGAUGCGAUCGCUGCGAGGAGCCUUCCGCGUGGCACUCUGCUUCCACUGGGGACAAGCAACGGUUUGAGUUUGUUCCUGGAUGGCUCGAAGCUCCUCAACCCUUUGGUUUCAGACGCAUGCAUCGCAUGGAUGCUCCCGAUGAUCAAGGACGACGUGGACGGUGAGACCAACGCCGAUGCUGCCCCCUUGGUGGACAGCGCGGCCAACCCUGAGGCUGGUGCAUGCGCAGCUGGCAGCAGCAGCGGUGCCCAGCCGCCCAGCAAGAAGCGCAAGGGCGCCUCCGCUGCCAAGGCGCAGCAGGCGCAGCAGGCAGCACCCCCAGCAAAACCACAGCCGAAGAAGGCUGGCAAUCGCAAGAAGCUUUCUCACACGCACUCUGUCGAAUUCGAGACCGUGCAAUUUGAUGUCGAGGUCGACUCGACUGCUAAGGUUUUCACUUUCGAGAGGCCUUUCUUGAAAUCCAACCGUCCCCUCAAAGCAGGCGAUACUCUUCGUCGCAAAGCCUUCGAGUAG